GGUAAAGCCAUCUAGUGUUGAACAAUCGUGCUGUUCGCAGCUGUCUUCCGGAAAUCGCCUCUCUUCGUUUAAGCCAAUUCAGACAAUGGAUCAGACAAUGGAUAAGUAUACGUCGCCGUGCCCAUGCACCACCCAACUCACGAGAAGCAAGAGUUUGUUGCGCAAGUUCCUGGCGUUACGAAAGCCAACUAUAAAGCGAACUCGGUCCGGAAGGUGCUCGGAAUGCAAGAUAGCACCGCAUCGUGAAGGCCAGGUGUUAUAUCAGCUUCCGGAGGACGUCGAACAGCUCGCGGGGAGGACAAACCCUCGGCAAGAUGUGAGAGGACACGAUGCAGAUAACAUCGCGUGUCGCCUCUCGAUUAUCUCUAUGGUUGCUAGGUUUACCCAUGGCCUGGAGCAUGAAGAAGAGAUCGAUCUUGCGGAGAGGGUUUAUACACAGCUGAAGAUGGAGGGCAGCCCGUUAGUCGAUAUGAGAUGGGUAGGCGGCUUGGAUAAACUCCCAGAUGUGGUGUUUGAGCACCUCCAUACGGUUAUGAAGAACCAGCUCGGAUCAUCUUAUAGCUUCGACGAUUCUAACGAGGAGUAAAUAUUCGUUUAGUUGAACGAUGAAGAUGGUAAGUACCCUGGGUAGGUACAUUCUGUGGCUUUUCUUUUGCCCGGUUAGGACAAUGAUG